AUGACCGCCAGCCAAGGAAACUCGGCGGCGUCCUCGACCGUCACUGUCACUGCCGCCAUGAACGGGACGAAUGACGCCACAAAGGUCGACGUCAAGAACGAGGCCAGCGAGGGCGACCUGGCCGACGACGACAAGUACAUCCUCAGCCGGUCAGCGACCAUUGCGCCCACCGAGCCGCGGACGUCCACGUCCAUCGCCGUCGCUGGCGCCGCUGCCGCGAGCAGCAAAGAAAGGGACACUGGGUUCGGUAUCCCGCUCACAAAAUUCCGUUCGCUCGAGCCGGUCAUCUCCCCUGCUGCGCCACUGGCGCGCAUUCUGAGCGGACCACGCGACAGCACCGACGGGGGCCAGUAUGUCAACACGUACCUCGGCCGCGGGACCGCGCAGGACCCAUACCUCGUCGACUGGCUGGCGGGUGAACGAGCAAACCCGUACAACUGGUCCAAUGGAUACCGCUGGAUCGUCACCAUCACGAUCGCGGUCGCGACGCUGUGUAUCUCCUUUGCGUCGUCGUCGUACUCGGGCGGCCUGGACGACAUCGAGAAGCGCUUCGGCGUGAGCACCGAAGUCGGCAUCCUCGGCAUCAGUCUCUAUGUCGUCGGCUUCGGCGUCGGCCCCCUCGUCUGGGCUCCCCUGUCCGAGAUCUACGGCCGCACCUUGGCCUUUUCGGUCAGCUACCCCAUCUUCACCAUCUUCAACAUUGUCGGCGCCGUCGCGCAGAACAUGGAGACCAUCCUCGUGGCGCGUUUCCUCGCCGGCACAUUCGGCUCGGCACCCAUCACCAACGCCGGCGGCCAAGUCAGCGACAUGUGGGCUGCCCACGAGCGCGCCCUCGCCACCUCAGUGUUCAGUCUCGCGCCCUUCCUCGGCCCCGUGUUUGGCCCCAUUGUCGGCGGAUUCGUCGGCGAGGCCAAGGGCUUCCGCUGGGUGUUCUGGGUGCAGUUUUUCUUCGCACUUGUGUGCUUUAUCGUCUCCAUGAUCGUUGUCCCUGAGACAUAUGCCCCGACUCUCCUCCGCCGCAAGGCCAAGAAGCUGCAGGCGGAAGCCGACGCCGCGGGCACUGGCGAGUUCUUCAUCGCCAAAUACGACAAGGUCAAGCGGACAAAGGCCGAGGUGCUCAAGACCAACCUCAAGCGCCCGUUCCAGCUCCUGGCGUCCGAGCUCAUCGUCGCCUGCCUCGGCAUCUACGGCAUGAUCGUGUACGGCACGCUGUAUCUCUUCUUUGAAGCCUUCCCCAUUGUCUUUAGGGAAUACCGCGGAUGGUCACUGGGCAUCUCCGGCCUGGCGUUUAUCGGUAUCGGCGUCGGCCUCGUGAUCGGCAACCUCCUCACGCCCUUUGUCAACCGCUUCUACAAGCAGGCGUGCGACAAGGCGGCCGCCCGCGGCGAAAAGGUCGCUCCCGAAGCGCGCCUCGUGGGCUGUUCGAUUGGCGCGUGCUUGCUCCCCAUCGGCCUGUUCUGGUUCGCAUGGACGUCCACGCCCAACAUCCACUUUAUCGUGCCCAUGCUCGCCGCCGUCCCGUUCGGCUGCGGCUUCCUCCUCAUCUUCACCGGCAUGCAGCUGUACCUCAUCGACGCGUACGCGCUCUUUGCCGCCAGCGCGCUCGCGUCCAACGCCGUCCUCCGCUCCCUCGCGGGCGCGGCGUUCCCCCUCUUCGCCGUCCAGAUGUACGACAACCUCGGCCUCCAGUGGGCGGGCACCCUCGUCGCCUUCCUGUCGCUCGCGUGCACGCCCAUGCCGUUUUUGUUCUUCAGGUACGGCGCCGUGCUCCGCCGUAACAGCAAGUAUGCGCCCAGCGGGCUUGCGUCCAAAGAGAGCACCGACAGCGCGCUCGAGCCCGAGUACGCCGCCGACGCAGGCGAGAGCCAGGGCGUCGAGGCCAAGCGCAUCGGCGAGAACAUGGUGUAA